GGUCUUUUGGGGACAACAGUGCUCCAGAUCUGACGAGCUCCAGCCCGGCGGCGGCAGCGCCCGCGGCCUCUGAGCGAAUUGAGGACGAGGCCGCGAGGGGACAGCGCGUCUCGGUCCCCUCCAGCAGCCACGCCCGGAGUAAGGUAAAAGAGAAUGAAAGAAGUAGAUAAUCUUGAAAGUAUAAAAGAAGAAUGGGUUUGUGAAACAGGAUCUGACAACCAACCUCUCAGUGAUAAUCAACAAACUACUUGUGAAUAUUUUGUUGACAGCCUUUUUGAGGAAGCUCAGAAGGUUGGUGCCAAAUGCUUGUCUCCCACUGAACAGCAAAAACAGGUAGAUGUAAGUAUAAAAUUAUGGAAAAAUGGAUUUACAGUCAACGAUGAUUUCAGAAGUUAUUCUGAUGGUGCAAGUCAACAGUUUCUGAACUCCAUCAAAAAAGGGGAAUUGCCUUUAGAAUUACGGGGAACUUUUGAUAAAGAGGAGGUGGAUGUUAAAGUCGAGGAUAAGAAAAAUGAAGUAUGUAUGUCAACGAAGCCUGUGUUCCAGCCCUUCUCAGGACAGGGUCACAGACUGGGAAGCGCCACACCAAAAAUUGUUUCUAAAGCAAAGAGUAAUGAAGUUGAGAAGAAAAAGAAUUUGUGUGCAGUCCCACUAAACAACCUGGAACCCAUCACUAAUAUACAGAUCUGGUUAGCCAAUGGGAAAAGGAUUGUUCAGAAAUUUAACAUUUCUCAUAGGAUAAGCCACAUCAAAGACUUCAUCGAAAAAUACCAAGGAUCUCAAAGAAGUCCUCCCUUUUCUCUGGCAACAGCUCUUCCUGUCCUCAGAUUGCUAGAUGAAACACUAACAUUGGAAGAAGCAGAUUUACAGAAUGCUGUAAUCAUUCAGAGACUCCAAAAAGCCACUGAACCUUUUAGAGAACUUUCCUAACACUGAUUUUUGAAACAUUAAUAGAAAGUUUGCAGAAAAAUGAUGGUUGUAAGUGGACAUGCAAACCAAAAUGGGGGAAAGGAAAAGUCAGAUCCACUGGACUUUUGGCCUGAAUACUAUUUAACUCCCUCCAGAUGAGAAGAUUUUUAAAUAAGUACAAGUUAGGAAAGUAAACUAUGACUGGAAACUAUAUUCAAUACACUUUUUCCAAAAGGCUACUCAGAAAAAUACACUUAUUUUCAAAUACCAACUAUUCAACAUAAGAGAUAUUAAAUAGCUGUGUCAUUUAAAUCUUAAUAUGGUAUAAAUUAGCAAAUAUGUUCACAGCAUCAUUCAUGUAAACACCAUUCCAAAACAGCAGUGAUUUAUUUAAAUGUUAGCUAUCUCAGAAUUUUUAAAUAGCAGUAUGUUAAAGAAAAAUUAUACAUAGCAGGUCAUAAGCAUCAGUGUAAUUAUUUUAUACCUCAGACACAAUCAAAAGGCUGGAAGGAAUUGUUUUUACCACAGCUAUGCCUAAAGCUCAGUGUUCUCCUUUUGCAUUCCCUAACGGCAAGAUAUUCUCAAAUAUUAAUUUGUCAGCAGUAUCUAAGACAUAUUUUCAUUUAAGAAUAAAAUUCUGUAGUUUAGUAUAAUUUCAGUAUUAAUCUGCCUAUCCACAUUUCUACAUUUUUGAGAAGUGUAAUUUUUAAAAAAUUAUUUUCUCUCCAGGAACCCCAGUCAUCACCUAUUGUAUUUUCUUUAAAAAAUUAGGGAUUUGUUCUUGGCUAACAUUUGAAAUAAGCCAUUCAUUUGCGACUGUUUAGAAUCUAAUAUUGUGUUAUCACAUCGCUAAUUAAUAUUUUUAAAAUACAUCAUGUAAAGUAUGGUUUUCUAUUCCGUACAUUAGAACCAACCUGUGUAUAUGUGAAAGGAUUAUUUAUUACAUUAUGAUGUCACCAAGGAAAACAUGCUUUGUUUCUUAGACUUUAAAACUGAUUAGACUUCAAUAUUUCACUGUCCAAGUAAAUGCCCUCGCCCGAAAAUAAGUUUAGGAAGCUUUUCCCGCAAAUGAUCUAUUGAAUUCUAUGUAAAGUGAAGUAUACAUUGAGUAUGCCAAGGAACGAAGCCGUGCCUGUCAGCAGUGAUGGAGGGCAGUGGACGGACGAUAGGGAAAGAGCAGUUCUCAAACCUUCUGGUCUCAAGACCUUUUGUUUAUGUGGAUGAUAUAUAUGCUAUAUUAAAAAUGAAGAGUUAUAAAAUAUUCAUUAAAAAAAAUAAACACAUCAAUGUAAACAUUUUUAUGAAAAAAAAAUGUCUAUUUUCCAAAACAAAAAGAUUUAGUGAGGGCUGUGGCAUCGUAUUCCAUUUUUUGUAAUUAUCUUUCCUGUCUGCCUUAAAGAAGACAGACGGAAUCUCAUAUCUGCUUCCAUCUGUUGUGAUAUCGCACAUCAUGUAGCCGCUAGUAAAUGCUACUGUACGUUCAUGAGAAAAUGAACAAAACAACUUAGUACGAUCAUGAAAAUAGUUUUGACCUGACAGACUCCCCUAAAAGAGCCAUUCUUACAAAGCAAUGGUCUGCAAUUAUUCUCAAGCCUUAGUGUAAGAAUCACUUGGGGAACCUUUUCGAAAUGCCUAUUCCUGCCACCUACCACACACAUUCUGAUUCAUUGUAUCUGGGACGAGUACCAGAUCCCCGCAUUUUUAUUCUCAAGUGAUUCUUAGGUAUGUAGCAGAAGAACCAGUCUUGGAGAAAUCCUACACCAAGCUUCCAUCCUCAGAAAAUGAAACCUGCAUGCUUCACCAUGGACAGUGGAAGACUGCAUUGAAAUGGGGCUGCUAGACCUUUAAGUUUUCUCUUCGUCCCCCACAGUUUGUUCUUAGACUGUUCCCUUUUAACGUGGAACUAAUCGUGACAUAAACCUAUACUUUUAUUUUCUAUAAGCACAGCUGAGACAGGCUAGAAGUUUUUACAUGAAGUUUUUAUUAAAAGCUCAGGAAUAACAAAAAGGAAAUACAUAUCUAGAUGACCUGUUUUGUAAGAUAUAUCUUCUGUUUGAAGACCACUGUAAGAAUGCUUUCUUUUCUAGCUCCCAGCCUUCUCUACAUGGUAGAGGCCUUUUUAUAAGGAAGAGAGGGAGGACAAAGGAAAACCUUUUCCUUUUGUCAUUUACUCUCAGAAAUGAACAGAUAUAUAAUAGAAAAUAAAUAAUGUCAGUAAUGUUUACAGCAGUGGUAGAGCCCUCUCCAGUGAAACAAAAAUAAUGGGGCUGGUAAGCUCGAUGAAUAUCUCUUUCAGAUAUAAAACAACAUAAGAUGAUUAUUAAUAUAUUUGCAAGAAUCUGUAAGAAAAUGUUUCAUACAGACCUAGCAUGAAGUAUUUUAUAAUUUUCAUUUGUAUAACUACAAUCAUGUGAUUCUCCAUAUAUUUCUAUAAGGGGGUCUCUCAUUGGAAAUAUUUGUCUUGUACCUAAAGAAAAGCCUCCUUUGUGGGUUUUCCAGUUUAUAAUUAUUUAAUCAGAAGACACAUUGGAGGUAUUCUUGUGUGUACAUGUAGACUACACCCCAGUAAGAAGUUCCUAUACAGAAAGGCUUGUCACCAGGAAUAACCUUCAUUUUUGUAACUGAAAACUUUCACUAAUGUAAAUAAUAUUCUCAGAGUGUUUUUUAAAAAUGAGAGUCAUCUGAUAAAGCUUUUUAUCUGAAAGUUUAAAAUUGUAAAGUUGUUAAUUAAAUGUGUAGAAUACUCAAAACAUGUUUAGAAAACAUAAACUGAAUUUGGCAAGGGAACGCAAACUGGAAAAUAAACAAACAUCUUGGUGUGGAAUAUAAUUUGACCUAAGCAGUUGUUUCAAAAUCAUCACCAGUUUCUUGAAAAUCAUUGUUAGGGCUGAUACAUAGAAAUACAUUUCUAACUUUACAGAUUCUAAUUUAUUGAUUAAAUUACUAUGCAUUAUCCAGGUUAUAAAAGUGAUCUUAUUUAUUUUAUACACUUGUCUCAUUCUGAAUAUUUUUCAUUAUGUUUCAAUGUGUUGAAAAUAUGAUAUGUAUGUGUCUACUUUAGUGCCUUAAAGUAUUUUGAAAGUAAUCUUUCUAAUGGUUAAAGAACUGUUGUCUUAAGAAUGAAAUACUAUCUUGAAAAGGGCCUGUGAAAUUUUAUACUUGUUUGUGAUAAAAUAGUUACACAUAGUUACAUUUGUCAUUUUUUGGCGAAGUCAUUCAGUUUAAGAAUCCAACAUUUAUUAGGUGUCUUCUGUUAACAAAUGUUACUUUCAUUUAAUACUCAGAAAUGUUAAAAUGCGAUAUUUUUAAUACUAACUCAAUGGUUGUGUUUAUUUUUUAAACCAUCUUUUGUGUCCUGAGUUGAACUACCAUGGAGACUCCUUCUUUUGUUCUUUCUCUUUCUAAGUACAACCCAUUUAAUUAAAAAAUUGUCCAUCACACUAACUCUUCAAAUAGCAGUGGUUUGUUAGUAGACUAAUAUUUGACUCUUUAUCAUCUGUUUUAAAUAUUUUUUGCAAAGAUAAUUCAUAUACAUUGUAGAAAAUUAUAAAAUGCAGAUAUCCUUAAAUUAUCUUUACAUCACCUAUUAUUCCACCAUUCAAAGAUAACCACAGAUAACAUUUUGGUGUGCAUCUUUUGAGAUAUUUUUAAGUAUCAGUCUUUAGUUUUAAUUAGAGGCAGGCUUUCCGGUUAUAGUUAUCCU